GGGAGGGAGGCGGCGGGAGGAGGAGCAGGACGGCUCUCGCCGCCGUGCAGCCGCCGUGCAGCCGCAGCCAGCCGGGCCCGGGGCGGCCGCAUGUGCGAAGUGGGGACGCGGCCGCCGCUGGCCGCCGAGCGCGGGGAGCCGCCCGGGGGAGCCGCCGCCGCCGAGAGGUGCCGAGACAUGGGAGAACAGCCCAUCUUCACCACCAGAGCCCAUGUCUUCCAGAUUGACCCCAGCACGAAGAAGAACUGGGUUCCUGCCAGCAAGCAGGCUGUGACUGUUUCCUACUUCUACGACAGCACGAGGAACAGCUACCGGAUAAUCAGCGUGGAUGGAGCCAAGGUGAUCAUAAACAGCACCAUCACCCCCAACAUGACCUUCACCAAAACAUCACAGAAGUUUGGGCAGUGGGCAGACAGCAGAGCCAACACCGUGUUCGGGCUGGGCUUCCCCUCCGAGCAGCAGCUGACAAAGUUUGCCGAGAAGUUCCAAGAAGUAAAAGAAGCUGCCAAACUUGCAAGAGACAGAUCUCAAGAGAAAAUUGAAACCUCAAGCAAUCAUUCACAGACCAGCUUUGCAGCCAAGAUGAAAAGGGAGGUGCAGGAGACACCCAGUGUUGGUUUGUGUGUUGUGCUGCAGGAGUCUGGACGGGAAACGCCCUCCUCCACCCGAGCGUCAAGCGUGAACGGCACCGACGACGAGAAGGCAUCGCACGGCGGCCCUGCCGAGGCACAUCUCAAAUCUGAGAAUGAUAAAUUAAAAUUUGCUCUAGCCCAAAGUUCAUCCAACGUGAAGAAGUGGGAGACGGAGCUGCAGUCGCUGCGGGAGAGCAACGCGCGGCUCUCCACGGCCCUGCAGGAGUCGGCGGCCAGCAUCGAGCACUGGAAGAAGCAGUUCUCAGCCUGCAAGGAGGAGAACGACCAGCUGAGGGGCAAGAUUGAAGAACUGGAGGAACAGUGCAAUGAAGUAAACAAAGAGAAGGAAAGAAAUGCACAGUUGAGUAGACGUCUCCAGGAACUGGAAACAGAACUUCAGGACAAAGAGCUGGAACUGGAAGAGCUCCGAAAGCAGGGUGAAAUUAUACCAGAGCUAAUGUCAGAAUGUGAAUCUGUAUCUGAACAAUUACAGGCUGCUGAGAAAAAGAACAAAGAUCUUGAAGAGAAAGUCAGAACGCUAAGGACAGAAGUCGAAGAGAACAAACACAGGCAGACCAACCUUAAAACUGAAUUAAAGAAUUUUUUAGAUGUACUAGAUGGGAAGAUAGAUGAAUUACAUGAUUUCCGACAAGGACUGUCUAAACUUGGGGUUGACAAUUAGAUGGCAAUAGAUCUUUUUUGUAAUCUAGGGUCUGGAUGUUUGAUGUUUUUGUUGAUCCCAAACGUGUGUUUUACAAAAUAUAACUAGAAUGUUCCACUUGUUUGCAUUGGUUUUGUACAUAGAGCCUGAAAAUUUGCUGUGGGUUUUUUUUUGGUGGGUUUCUUUAUUUUUUUGUUUGUUUAUUUACCAAACCAAUCAUGCUGCUCACUGAGUUCUGUUGACAUUAGAAACUUUCUAUAUUGCUGCUCUGGCUUUGUGGGGUUGGGAACAGGUAGAGGGUUCUGUCUCAGGAAUCUGGAACUAGAUCUACCUUAAAAUGAAUAUGCAGUUAGCUGUUGCAGGGAAAUUUAUAUCUUUCUUAAGGGCUGUUGCAACCAUAGAAACAGAAAAGAAGUCUUUUUCUUGUCUGGACUAUCAGCACUCUUAGCAGAAUUGACUUUAUUCUGUGGUGGAGCAGAGAGAUUAGCUGGAGCCCCUGCAGUUUGUAAAAUGUGCCUGUGAUGAACUGCAGUCAGGAGAAUCACUUCUCACAGAUACCAGGAUCUUUAGGGACCAUGUCAGUCAGGCCCAAUUCAGCCAAAAAAAUGCAGUGGAUUUCAGAUAACCUCUGAUGGAGGUUUUGUGUGCUUGCCUGUACCCAUAGAGCACAAAGUCAACAAUGCAGAAAUGAGUUCCAGCUCUUGAAGUCUCACCAGUCAUGGGAACAGCUUCUCUUGCUUGGCAGCAUCACCUCUCUCUGGCCUCCAGUUCUGAACCCAUGUAAUCCAUCAUUAUGUGCAUCUCUGAAAAAUGCCCACCUGAGUCUGGGGACCAGGUAUUUAUUUUAAAAAGUGAUAUGUUCCUGGUUUGCACAGGGCUCAUGCCCCUCUGCAUGCAGCUUGAUUGUUGUUGGUCUGCAGCAGUGAGGAAGGAGAAAUGGAUCUGAAAAGCAUCAUCAGGUCACUGGAAGGUGUUGCUCAGAAACAAAUUUCUGCCCAAGAGACUGGCAGGGCAAUGGCCAUGGGAAAUUAAAGUUCUUUCCUAGAAUUUCUGCAUUCUCUUGCAGUAGGGUAGGAAUUAGUCACCAAGUUAGGUUGUACCAAAAAAAACCCUCAACCCCAGAGGCAGAAAUGCUCUUUUAUUCUUGAACUGAUUAUUCAGCAGCUCUGAGAGUGUGUUGAGAAAUUCAAGGUCAUUCACCAUGGCCUUCAGUGAGAAGGAAGUUCAGUUCAUUACAACCAGGGAUGUAAAAAGGGAGGGAGAGGAGAAUCCAGCCCAAGCCUUGCUCUUUCCCCAAGGAAUUCCUUCAGCUUCUUUCUCUUCUUUCUCCAUAACCUGUAUUGAGAGUGUUUAAUUAAUUAAUUAAUUCAGGAAAGUACUUCUGUGCCUAUGACAUUGUAAUUUGCUUCAUUCAGACAACAGUUUGGCUAAGCACUGUUGUAGUGCUUGCCAGCAGGGACUGAUAUAAACUGGCCAUGCUUUCCUUGGAAUUCCAGGGCUUUUUCCUUUUUUUGGCACAUCUUGAUUAUUAAAGUGACCUUUAAAAGAAAGGUGGGUUGUAGAUGAAACAUGCAUUGAAUACUUUUUUGCAGAUGAAUGUAUAAUCCCCGAGGUGGACAUAGGAUCUGCAAUUGUCCCUUGAAUUUUCAUUUCAUCUCACUGUUACAUUAUCUUCAUUGCCUGUUUUUUAGAAUGGACUUUGAGUAUUUUUGCUUUUACUCCUUUGAAACAAUGGAUGUAAAGCUAGGACUUUUCAUAACCAUUAUGACCAUUUACAUCUCUUUUUUAAAAAAUUGAUUUAGGCUGUUGAUAUUUAAAAAUAAAAAUAAAAAUCAGGUACAUAGCAUGUAGGCGUGUGAAAAUUAGACUUUGCCAGCAUGGAAGAUUCAACAGUUGCAUAAUGUGGGGUUAGAUCAGACUUCUCAAAAUUGAAAAUGACGUCAGCAACUGUGUGGUUGUGCACAAGUAGUCUCCAUUUUUAGUCUUUUUAUUUGAUAGAAAGUCAAAUAUACACCAUAAUUUAGCAGGCAGCUCAUCCUGCUUCUCCUCUCCUCCCAUGCUGCUUUUUGGUCUCUGCAUCAGCUGGGAGCCACAGGAUAACACAAUUAAGAGCUGCAAGCAAUACUGGCAGCCAGGGCCCUGCUCCUCCCAGUGGUUCAUUGCUUUUGCACCAAGGACCCUGCCCUCUCUUCCUUUUCCUGCUGAGUGAUCUUGGGGCUUCUCUGUUUGUUUUAACACAAACUGUUUUUAACACGAUGCUGGGCAAAAGGAUGCAAAAGACUCUGUGAAAAAAUUACAUGAUCUGGUUUAAUCCAGACCUUUGUUUUCCACUUUAGUCAGGUCUGUCUCAGAUCCAGUUCAUUAGGAAUGUAUUAAGCCACUCUUAAAUUGCAAGAGAAGUGUUUCCAUGGGAUUGCAUCGAUUAAACAGAUGGAGUUUGAUGGUGGCACAUUAAGCCAGUGCAGAGCUGUGUCACAGGCAGUUAUUUCUGGGUGCCUAGUGCCCACCACAGGAGCAGUGGAGAGUCCUUAAAGAAAUCCUGCCCUGUCUCUUCUGUCUGCCCCAGAUGUGUGUAUCACAUAUCUGCUAUUGCUCUGAUGUUGGGUCCUUAGGGAUGCCUGUACACAGCUUUAUGCUGUGGGAAAUUCUGUCCUUCAAGCCUCCAAGGGCUUGUUAUAAUUGCCUUCUUUCUUUUUCCUUCCCAACAGCAGUAAGCUGAGAGCUUCUGCUUAUAAUCACUUAAACUCCCCAAAACUCCAUCUCUCUUAAGCUUUCCAUCUCCUUCCUUGGAUUUUCCUCUUCAAGAGAAAAAAAAGAAUGGCAGUGCAUGCUCUCAGGAGUGUUUGGGCACCAGCUGUAGCUGCCCUCUCUGGCCUGUCCCUGUCCCUGUCCCCAGCCCAGGGCACCGAUGGUGUCACACACUGUGUAUCCCUUGGUGCUGUCUGGUGGCCCAGCACUAACCCCUGUGCCAAACUGGGAGCCUCCCACUGCUCCUCUGGGGCUCCUCCCAGCACUGAAAUGCCUCCUGUGUGCUGAUGGGAGCCCCAGGGCAGCCAGCUUUCCCCCAGCAAAAUGCACACGCCAUGCUGUGGAUGCACUGGCCCUCCUUUUGUGCACAGCUGGAAUUUCGUCUGUCCUAUGGGCACCCUGAGUUCAGCUGGCAGACACCUGCUUAGGGAUUUCCCUAAACACUGCCAGGGCCAGGAAAUACUCAUCCCUGUCCAAGAGAGGAUCUGCAGAGCUUGGUUUUACUUGUUACACAGUGCUGGGCUGAUCCUGGUCUCCCUGUGCCUGUCAGCAAUGCCUUGGUCAGCGCUCUGCUCCCACCCAGCCUGAGCACAUUUACAAUUCACAGGGGCUGUGCCUCACCUUGGGUACAGCCAUGAGUUCCCUUUCUGAGUUCCCUUUCUGGACACAGGUUUCUCCCUCUGAGUGGUUUUUAUGGCAGGAUCUCUCCUACCUCACUUACAUGGUCUUUCCUUGACAAAGGACGUGGGUUUCUGUCAGCUGCACCCCAGGGUCCUGCCACACUCCAUCCUGCCUGCCUGGCAUCUCAACCUGGUUGUUCCAACAGGAAAAAUCUGUGCUGGCCUCCUGUGGCACCAGGACAGAGUGUGACUUGCUGACCUCUGGGUGUGAUGCUUCUUUGAGGUGGUGUUAGAGCUGCUGAAUAAUGCCAGGGUUUGAGGGGUUUUGACAAAAUGAGAAAUAAACAGGUGUACCCUGUGUUACAUAAAAGCAAAAGUGACAUAAAAAAUAGACAGAGUUAUUUUCAAGGGGAAAGAAUAUUCCAUUAGAUAUAUUAUGUCACUUUUUGGAAAAAGACCUUAGUCUCAUAUUAGGAAUAAAUUAUUUCAAAAUGAAAAAAUGGAAAUUUGUUGCACAGCUCAGAAUAAAGAAGAUUAACCUUUUUGGGGUUUUAUUUCUUGGCUGAAUAUUUCUUUGCCAAUUCUGACUCAACUUCACAAGUAGUUCUGUUUGGCCUAGAAGUGCAUUUUCAGCAAAUGCAGCACUUUGCAGUGCUCUGUCUUCAUUGGUGUCUCCUUUACUAAGUGAGCUCACUGGAAGAAAACUGUAUUUUCUUUAAGAAAUUCAACACCACCUGUCCUUUUCUGUAUCCAAGCAUUCAAAAGAUGUACUUUCUAAAAACAGCUUUACACUGGGUUCAUCUGUGGCCAGACAACAAAUAUUAUUUAGACAUUAUCUUUUUUUCUGGACAAACGCCUGAUUUGGUUUUUAUGUGAGUGAUUUAGGGAGAACAAUUUUUUAAAGCUGCUCGUUGGAUUAAGGUGAGCAGGAGGGAUUUCUGCUGUCCCUGCCCUGCCAUUGUCUUACAAGGGUACCAGCCAAGGCACUCGUGGUGCUCCCCUGCCCUGGCCAGUGGCUGCCCAGUGGCUUGUUGGGCACAGGGAACCCUGGCAGCAGGGCACAAAUUGUCCAGAGAUUUCUGUUCUCUUCUCUGUGCUGUUUAUUUUUUUUUUCCCAAGUCUUCAUUUCUCUUCCUUAUUAAUUUUUUGCCGCCUUUGGCUGCGCCAUAAGUGACAGAAGGAAAAUUCCCUGCUACUGUCACCACCUUGCAGUGGUGGGAGUUUCUCAGCUCUUCCUUAGGCUCUUCCAAAGAGUUAUCUUGGCAAAACUCUUCAAAGCAUCAGUGGUUUGUAGGGAAUAUAGUGCUGUCUUCCUGAGGCUCUGGAUUAACAGAGAUAAAACCCCUGUCAGGGUGAAAUGCCUCCCUCAGCUCAGUGUGUGCCCGGGGCUACAUCUGAAGGGAAAGGGUGUAAGGGGAGGCAGCAGCAGCAGCAUUUUUUUUUGCUAUUAUUUCAGCAGAGAUUUCAGUGAAAGAUGUGCUCUGCCCACGAGCUCUGGAUGGCCACACUGAUCCACCGCCCCCCUGCCUUUGUCCAGGCAGUUUCAGGCUUGUCAGGCCUGUAAAUAUCAGAAUUUACAGCAUAUCACACGGGGGGGUGGCAGGGCAGCACAGCUGGGAGAGCAGUGCAGCCACGGCUCUGGUUAUGGUCAGGCACUUCCAGCCAAAAACAGGAGAAGCUGUUCCUGUCCCGCAGGGCUCAGCAGGAGCAGGGACCUUGCAGAAGGGCAGAAACAACUUUUGGGGGCUGAGGGGAAGCAAGGAGCCCCAGGCUGGGCUGGCAGGCUCUGGUUGUGGGCAUCAUUUAGCAAAAAACAGAAAGCUACCCUAAAGUCAUUUUUCUUUCCAUGGAUGGUGCUCAGCAAGCACCUGUGUGUCAGGCAAAGCCAUCCACAGCCACAAGGUGAAUCAGACACAGGCAGAGAGCCCCAGCUGCCCCACAGCCUGGCCAGGGAUGCUGUGCCGUGCCCCAGGAGCUCAGCAGGGCUUUGGGCUCGUUGUUGGAAUGUAAACCUGACGUGAAGUUUGCACAUCUUAAAUGCCAUGCUCUGCAGCAAAUGAGAAGUGAAACAGAGUCAGGAGAUGCGUGAUAAAUGUGAUGAAGGUGCUUCCAAAGGAGGGCUCUCCUGCAGGCUGUGGGCAGAGCUGGUCCUGGCCAGGAGGGCUUUGCUUGCAUCCCUAGGGAUGUUGGAUGUCCAGCCUUUGAUUUUCUACUGUGUUUUAUGUUUGCUCUUCUUCUUUUUUCUUCUUUUUUUUCUUUUUUUUUUUUAAGCAAGUAGCCUGAACAUACAAUCUUCAGAUGAAGGUGCCUAUACUUCCAAAAAUUUUAUAUGCACAUUUUGAAAGUUAGUUAAUUUAGUUACCUAAUAAUAAUGGUACAUAAAAGAAAGGCACUUGAGAAAAAAUUGUCUGCUAUUGUAUUUUUGUUUGGGUUGGGUUUGUUUGUUUUUUUAACACUGGUCAGCAAUAAUUAUUUUAGCCAUAUACUAGCUAAAAAGACUGAUAAGCAAGAUUUGUGAACUAAGCUUCUAAGUUUGCAGGAUUUUGAUUAACCUGGGUGUUUGAUGAGGAAGCUAUGCUCAGUAAAAGAGUAUUUUGCAGCAUUUAGAUGUUUUCAUUUAAUUGCCUAAUAGUGAUCAUGAACAUAAUAUUCUAUAAAUCUCAUCAUGAAUGACAAACAAAGCACAUCGUUUUUAACAUGAAUAUAUCCCUUGUAGUUGAAAGUUCUGAGAGUGUACUAGUGUGGUCUGCUAUACCAAAAUAUUUAGGUUAUUAUGAGGUUUUAGUACUAAAGAUAAACAUACACCCUGUUUUUACUGUUUCAAGUAAAGUUUAGUGAAUGACAAUUUGUUGAUAUACAACUGUGGGAAAACACUGCAGUGCUCUAAAUGUAUAUUUUUAUUUGGGUUUAUUAUAUUUAGUAUAUGUUUCAAUGAAAACUGAAGUGUUUACUACAGUUGGAUCAUUGUAAAAACAUCUCUUACCUCAUUUUGUCUGCUGUAAAAAAGUACUAUCCUCUUUUUUUUUCUUUUUUCAAAUUGACCAUAGACAGUCA